CGAGGCUAGUGCAUUAUAUGCAGUCCGAGACAGCGCGUGCAAAGUGAGGCGGAAUAAGAUGCAUCUUUACAUAUAUCUUUUGCUCGGUUUUUGCGGCUUGGCGGUGGGCGAUGUUCCUUCCGUUUACGAUGCCACCGGGCGCCUGAAUCUCAGUGCCAGUUGCCCGGAUUCCUUCUGCAGCUUGAGUGAUCGGUCGGUGGCCUACUCCGCGAUUCCGGCUCUACAGAUCCGGGAAUUGCACUUGAGGAACUGCAGCCGCCAUUCGAUCACGUGGCUGGUUUUGAACCUAACGCCGGGUCUCCGGACAUUGGUCAUACGCAACUGUGCCACCUACCACAUCAGCACGGAGAGUCUGAGGCCAGUGGCCAAUCUCACCUCGCUGCAGAUGCAGGGCACGAGUCUUGGUGUCCUCCGGGAUCGGAUCUUCACCGCAGUGCCGCGUUUGGAGAUCCUGCAACUAAGUCAAAACUUCUUACACACAGUGCACAUAGGCGCCUUCAAAGGUUUAUCCAGACUGAGAUUGCUGGGCCUGCAGGGGAAUGGGAUGCCUGAAAUCCUGGCCAGCACCUUCGAUCCUCUGGUGGAGCUGGUGCAUCUGGACUUAAGCAGGAAUCAGCUGACAACUCUGCCACAGAAUAUCUUUGCUAAAAACAAGAAGCUACAAACCCUGCUGCUCAAUGGCAACCCGUUGAGAGCCCUACAACCAGAUGUACUCAGCUCAUUGCCCAAUCUUCGAGUGCUCGACUUGGGACAUGUUGGUGAAUUGGAUGUCAUGACGCUGGACCUACCCCAUGUGCAGAGCUUGGUUCUGGAGGGGAGUAGUCUUAGCAGUUUAGUCAUCAACGGAGGCUUUAUCAAACUGCAGGCGGGAAACAAUGAGCUGAAUCAUCUGCAAGUGGGAAACAAGAGCGCUGUCAUUGAGAUGGAUCUGCAUGGAAAUUUGCUAGAUGGAAACAAUACGGACGCUCUUCUCAGAGGAAUGUGGAAUCUACAAAGACUGGAUCUGUCCAAAAAUGUAAUCGAAGCAUUGCCGUUAUAUGGAAGCGGAUUGGAUGCUUCCGGCUCCCAGGAGCUGUUCAUUUUGCCCAGUUUAAAGUACCUGAAUUUGGCGAACAAUCGGCUGGUUCGCUUGCCUCCGGAGUCGCCAAUCCUCUCAGCGCAUCUGAACUCUUUGGAUUUGUCCCACAAUCUGAUGCUCACCCUCGACGUGGAGAUACUGAGAAGUCUGGCGGUUCUGAAAGCUUUGUUCGUGGAGGGCAACCGCCUGAAUACCUUCGACUACCAGAAGCUUCACGAGGAGCACCAAGAUCUCACAGAACUGGGGCUCCAUGACAACCCCUGGUCACCCGGCUUAUACCGCAAGAUGUUUCUUUACCUCACCGAUCGAGGAGUUCGUCUGCAGGCGAGGCCCCAAAACCGUGUCCCGAACAACAGUAGCCGUGUGGAUAUCGAUUGGCCCCCGAAUGAAAGCCAGGCGGAGGCUCAGCAACGGGAUCCACCGGGAGUGACUGGCAUACACCCCUACUGGACUCUUAGGGAUAUCCUUGCUUUUGUUACGCUUCUGGUGGUGAUGCUCAUUCUGCUAAUGAAUCUGUACCACAUCCUGGAGGAAGAGGGCUGCCUGCACAGGUUUCGCCAUUGGAGGAGGUCCCGCAUCCAUGGGCAAAGCACCUCAACGUCCAGGAACAGUGCUCGACGCCUCAACGAGCAGGACUCCGAACACAGCUCCAGUGAAUAGCCGUGGGAUGUAGCCAAGCUGCUCCGUAAGCGUUCCAGAUAUGCGCCAAUUUGAUGUCAAUUUAGCGCUAGUCUUUGCUCUUUCCCAGCUUGCUGUGGGUAUAUCUGUUGCUUACCUACUUGCUUGCAGGCAUCAUCUGCUACCCUGUACUUAUCAUUUGGUGGGAGCCUGCCGAAGUUAGACAAUAUACGCAAAUGCAAA